CAUCGUCCGACUCUCCUUUUAUCAGAGCAACUCUCGCAAGCGGCUCAAUCUCAGUUUCUCUCUUAUCCAUCAUGGCUAACGUUUACUUUGACAUCACCAUCGGCGGCGCCCCAUCUGGACGCAUCGUCUUCAAGCUCUUUGACGCAGACGUGCCAAAGACCGCUAGGAACUUCCGUGAGCUGUGCACCGGUCAAAAUGGUUAUGGAUAUGCUGGCUCUGGCUUCCAUCGCAUCAUUCCUUCCUUCAUGCUUCAGGGUGGUGACUUCACCAGGCACAAUGGCACUGGUGGCAAGUCUAUCUACGGCGAGAAGUUUGCUGAUGAAAACUUCAAACUGAAGCACACUAAGCCCGGACUUCUGUCCAUGGCAAACGCCGGCAAGAACACUAACGGCUCGCAGUUCUUCAUCACCACCAUCAUCACUAGCUGGCUCGAUGGUGCUCACGUAGUGUUCGGUGAGGUCAUCGAAGGCAUGGAACUCGUGAAGGCUAUCGAGAAGCUUGGAUCUGAAUCUGGCAAGCCUAAAGCUGAAGUCAAGAUCUCCGCCAGUGGUACAUUGUAAGAUAUAUGAGUAAUGCAGAAAGUUCCGAAGCAAGAAGAUACUUUUAUUCAUCACGAAUAAAGCUUGUACGUUUUGGUAUUAUAGAUAUUUUGAGAAGAUUGCAGUGUGACCUUGUCGGUAUCGAUAUGCAAUCCAUCGCAGAGAUUAGAUGAUUGUAGAUCUAUUCAACAUGAAACAUUACGUUCACAAUGUCCACAAUUGGCAUUGCAUUCA